CAUGCAUACAUGACUCAUCACAUGCAGACUGAGGCCAAGUAGGCACACAUCCAAAAAACCAACACACAGAAUAUCAGCUCUUAUGUGUACAUAGCUUGACACCUUCACAGCAUAACUAAACAACAAAGAGCCCUAAAAUGAAUCCAUACAGUUUGCAUUUAUUGAAAUAAUAGAGAAGGAGUCUUUCAAGGAGUCAAAUAUUCUGAGGAGCUUAAGAAAUUAUCACAAGAUAACUUUUGCAGCAGCAUUUGGAGGGAUUUUAGGGUAGAGAUGUGUUACUUAAGAACAAAAGUACGAUAGUUUCAGCAAAAGGUACAGGUAUCCCUGAGCCAUAAUGAAACACACAUGUAAGUUUCCAGUAAACCCUCAUUUCCACCACCUUAGACUUGCUUAGUGCUUGCCUGGAUUUAAAAAGAAAAGGGGAGGGGAAAGGUGAUCGAUGACAGCAGGAAAUUCUUUACACAAAGACCAGAGCCCACAAGUUUUACAUCCACCCCAAACUCCACUACAACUCUGAACACAUCACUAUGGAACCAAGGAGAUAUUGAACAGCCUAGAUAUCGACAGUGAAGUUGUUCCAAUGUGAAAGAACUUGCUCUCUGGACUACAAAGCCACCCAGGGGCAGGGAGGUAAAGAAGGCUGCCUACAUACUCAUGGAGUAUCCAUUUCCACUGCCCUCACUGACAAGCAGUUCCAGUGGGACCACUCUGCAAGUGCCUGCAGGGCUUAACGCAUUCACAGGAGACAGAAACUGCCAGUAUAUCUCCGUUCCUAAAAAACCCCAAACUGGUGUCAAGGCGUGCCAAAAAAGGCCUUGUUCCUUGCAUUCUUUACCUAAGCAGGAAAUGGCAUGCUUUCCUUAGGAGGUAGACAAACCAAUUAUGAAAGCUCAUGUUCUUUUAGUACCCACCACAACCCUAUUUUCUCCGUCUCUCGCAUUAGGGCUUUAACAUUCACAAUGAGAAACGUUUCCAAGAUCCCUGGUAACAAGUCGAUCUUACUACAGUAAAGUGGUUUUAGCUCCUACUCGGACUACAUUCUUCUCCUGGCCCCGAUCCAGCCACAGCAACUUAUUUCCGCUGCACUGCUCGGAUAAUCCCGUCCAUCCCCGCGGGUUUAUUCCCAGGCAGUCCCCUCCCUUUCAGCCCCACGGGCUGGGCUGGACUCGGCUUUCAGGAGCCGUUAACCCCGUACAGCUCCUUACCCAAGCUGCAAAUCCCCGCAGCAUCCCUAACGCUUCCCUUCCCUGUCCGCGGGGCCGGUAGGAGGCCGGGGGAGGCGCGGAGCCGGGGUUACUGCAGGCCCCGGGAGCUGGGGAGCACCGCCCGGCCGGGUCAGCCCCCCCCAUAUGUGCAGCCCCGACCACCCCGCCGCCGCCCGGGCCGGCGUGUGGCCUGCGCCGGCCCCGCCGCCCCCCGCCGCGCCCCCCGCUCCGCUCAGGCCGGGCCGCCGCCCGCCCCCCGCCGGCUCCGUCCCUGCCCGCCGCGGCCGGAGGCAGGGCAGGGGAGGGGGAGCGCCGGCCGGCCCCCGCGGGGCGGAGGUCACCCGCCUGCCCCCGCCCUCCGCCCAUGGGCGCCGGCUCCGUCCAGCCGCCGCCGCUCCGACCCCGCACGCAGGAGGAGGCGGCGGGGCGCGUCUCCCGGCGGCGGCUGCGCCCGCCUCGCCGCCCGCCAGCCUCCCGGGAGCCGCGGCGGAGGCGCAUGGAGACGGCGGCGGCGGCGGCGUGCUGGGUUCUUUUCUUCCAUCUUCCUCGCAUCUCUGGAAGCUCCAUCCAUAUUGGAAUAGGCAGCAAUUAUUCCAAUCUCUAUGAACAGCACAUUCUGCCUUGUAAGAAAGAAGAACUACAGUGUGGUGACGGACUCUGUCUCUUAAACUGGCUGCGCUGUCACUAUAAGAAGGACUGUGGCAGAGACUACAUGUCCAUCAAAUUAACAUGCUCAAAAGUUCACUUGAACCAGAGCAGCCCAACCAGUGAAUUCCCCAGCUACGGUGAAAAUGGAAAUGAUACCAGUUUACUUGUUUCACCCCUUCUGGUGGCUGGAGUAGUGAUUGGACUUGUGCUGUUUCUGUCCUGUGUUACAAUCAUUGUUGGCAGUCUGCGAAAGGACGGACGGUUAAGACACCCCCAUCUGAGGAGAGAAGCUGUUUAUGCUCCAGAUGGUUUCUCUUAUGGUGGCUCUUUUGGAGAGCUGAGAUCCACCUGCAUGGAGGAGCUUCCCCCAGCUUUUGAUUUUGGUUCCUAUCUGGAUACACUUUCUCAGGUCAACGUCAUGUAUCCUGAUUCACCUCCACGCUACGAUGAAUGUGUGGGGCCAGGAGCAACACAAAUAUAUAUUCCCACAGAUGAUCCUCCCCCAUAUUCUCUUACGGACCCUUGUCAAAGAAAUGAAAUAUCUAUAAACAUUAGCUUGGAAGAAGCAGCAGCAUCUGGGACUGCAGGACAAGCUGCAAAUUAUGCAGUCAGGCUGCAGGACUUGCAGCAGCCCAUUUCAUCCAUCUCUUUGUCAUCUCUCGCUCUGGAGGCUGCUCCCCUGUACGAGACGGUAGUGUGUGAACAGAAUAUCCCCAUCCCACUCGUUCCAAUGGAAGUACUGAAAAAUACUUCCACUGACUACCAGACCCUUCUGAACCAAAUCAUGUGAAUAAAAGUGGCUCUUUCCUUCAAUUCUUCUGAAGAACUCAGACCAACAAAAAACAUUUAAAUGGAAGAACAAAACCUCUGAAAGUUUUACUUAUUUUAUAUCUUUAAACAGGGAUGCAAUGGGAUUUUAUUUUUUACAGCGAAUUUUGAAAGUUUACCUAAACCUCCCUCUUUGUGCUUCAAAGUGUUCCAUGACAUCACACAGCAUAAAAGAGCAGCAGUGACAAGUGGUGCAUCUGACCUUUUUGAAGCAUUUCAAAACACAUUGAAAUCAGCCACUCCUAACAUAGAUACAUGUUAUCCAGUCAAGCCUACUUGAUUUUACGAUAGUUCGCAUGUUUUAAAGCAGAAGGAAAAAGAUGAGCAUUUUGUUGUCUUUCUAGGUUUCACUAGUAAGUACAUUUCAUUCAGCGUCUUGGCAACAAAGCAUUUUUAAACAAUGCUUUGUCUAAAUAUGUAUUUCCUUAGACAGAGACAGAGCACUGCCUGCAAAAUAUGACUAUCAGUGCCAUACAGGAGUGAAAGAAAAAGGAGAAUAUUAUUGUGAGUCACACUUUUCCUUUGGAAAGCCUGGCCAGUACCAGGCUUUCCAGAGCAUUGCAAAGCCUGCUAUUCAGUCUUCCUCAAAAAGAAACCAGCGGCAAGCGAUGGAGAGGUGGCAAUGGAAACCCAAACACCAAUUGGCUUUACCUACAGAAGCUGAACUACAGCUGUGUGCAGGCUGGGAGCUGCAUGCCCUUCACAGGGACUUGCUAUAGCCAAUGAAGGGCAGUGCCUGGAAUCCCAGAAGAUGCUUCAUGCUGACUCCCAUGCAUGACUGCAUUUUCAGGCCCUAACUGGUCUCUUUCUUCAGUAAGGAGCCUGUAGUGUUACAAAGGACCUUGAUCUCUAGUAAUUGCAUUAGUGUGAUAUAAAUCAUAGAUGCUGGACUUGGCAUGCACAGUAACAGAGAACCUCACUUUGUACAGAAGCCUCUUUUAUUAGGCAUGAUCCUUUUCACUGAAAUUUUGGUACCCACAAAUCUAGCCUCUGUUCACUCACAUGUUCAUUUGGUAAGUGCAUACAAGUUGGAGAUGCACACUGGCAGGAACAGCAGAGGCAAACUGCAGCUGUGAGUUUAGUCUUGCACAGUACACAAGCACCCUGUCUCCACGUAACAACUAAACUACAUGUUCAACCAGUACGUGUUAGUAGAGUUAUCAGAGGCUCAUCUCCACUAAAUCUUAGAGGUAUUUUCAGUGAAAAAAAUGGUAUUUUUUUUUUACUCUGAUAAAACAGACUACCCCCACUGAAGGAUAUGUAAAAAUGAGUAUAGUAAAUAUAAAAUCGCGUUUUAGAGGAAGCAUCAUCCAAAUUAUUAAAAUUGCACUUAGAUUUUUUGUAAAUACUAAAUAAUUUUCAACUGUAAUCAUCAUUCAACACUGAAGAUUGACACAAUUAUAAUUAAUACUUAGAUGGGAAGUAAUUAUACGGUUCUUACUGCGGUAUAAAUUAUACCAUUACUGACUGAGUCAUAUGCACAUGAUGAGAUAAGGUAAGUACACAUUUUUUGCUAAGUAGAUAAGAGUAAAUAUGUAUUUUGCUAAAAUAACAGAAUUCUGUUGCAGUUCAGCAAGAUUUUCAAUAUUCUUAGUAUACUAUAUCCAAAACAACAAAAAAAUCACAAUUUUGCAUUGCAAAACCGCUAGCUGGAAUUGCCAGAAUGUAGGCUGUGUUUCACAUUUGUACUUUUAACAGACAGAACUAUUCCUCUGUAUAAAGUACAAAUGUAAAGUUUUGUGGCAUGCAAAGUAUCCUGCAAUAAGAGAAACAACACUCUACACCAUCUAUUAGGGGCCAGAAAUGAAAACCAACAUAGAAACGUACCAGUCAGUUUUACUGGCAGGAAAAUAAAACAUGAAGGAAAGCACAGCGGUUUAUUUAUGCAGAAUAGGACACGCUUUCAUAGCUGUGUCUUCCUGCAGCUAUUGGAGACCUGCCUAGAAUAGGGUAAGGCACUGGGACCAGACUGGCUUACUUCAGGCUGCUACUGGGGAGGUGGCGGGGGAAAUCUAAUAAACAAAUAUUAGGAAGCAAAUGCGAUUAUUUUUUUCCCCCUGAAAGCAUGUCUCUUACAUGUCUUACAUGACAAACCUGAAGGUUCUUCUGAAGACAAGCACAGAGCGCUUUUCACGCCUGGCAGGCAAACCUCUACUCUGUUACAGAUGUUUACAGUUUCUGUGCAUGCUGGGAAAUCCUUUCAACCUGUUAGGCUUUUUAACCUGACAGGGAUUUCAUGCCCUUCCACUAACUUUCUAUCUGUGGUUUACAAAGUAAGCUGAUUUUAAGUAGGCCUGUGAUGAAAGUGGGAAAUCUGUAUUUUACCUCAUGAUAGAAAUGCAUUUCUAAGAUUAUAGAAAACUAAUCAAAGCCUUUCUUCAUUUGGUAUGAGUUAAGCAUCCUUAGCAUUGCGACCUGGAUUGCAUGUAGCAGCAUUACUUACCAAUAGCUGACUACUCCCUCUUGUGGUGUACUGCUUUAUAAAGUCAAGUGAUCUGGUUAUCACACCGCAAGGAGUUCACAAUGAGGGGCUCGUCCAGCAAAAUAAUCUCAGCUCCUUUGUCACACAGAUAUGGAAGCCAACCAAAACAUACACUUCCAUACUGCAGCAUUUUUCUAAGUUACCACUAAAUGCAUAGGCUACAUCAUUUGUUAUAAACAAAUACCCUAAAAAAACCUAAAACACCUGUGAAUUAAAAGUAGAAUAUGCUACCUUCAGCGAUACCUUACCACUAUCACUUGCAAGAGUGGCUUAAAAUUCUCUACUCUUGUUAAUCUUUUUAACGAGGAGAUACCAACAACGUUUUGGGAAAAAAAGCUUAUGAAUCCAACCCUGCAAACAGACAAUACUUGAAAGAGAAGUUUACAGCUCCAAAGCUGCUCUAACAGCUUCCAACACUAAACUGGAACAGCAUUGAGAUUUCUAGUAAUGAUACAGUAGGAACAUGUUUUCAUUUCUUGAAGAAUAUUUAAGAUCCCAGAAAAAUCUUGGCAAAGCUGACAGCGUCUCCUAACACUCCUCUUAAGAAAUUCAUGUCCUCCUAUCAGACUGUAUCGUAAACUCUCACAUAAUUUUAAUGGUAGUGCUAAAACUGGCUUAACACAGGCCUUUCAUUUAUUACAUGACUAAUAUCAGAAAGAAAAUUGUUUGGACAUGCUGUUUCUUGCUACGCGAUAACAGUACUGUAUUUCUGUAGUCACCUCUUUUGCUUUGAUUUUUAGUAUAUUGAUCUUUACACAAAACUUUCAGUAAAGAACAUACAUGUAUA